GAAAGUAUGGAAUUUCGCGAUCGAGUAAUAUCCCAUCUCCUACGCUCAUUCACCAACCCAAAAAAUCUCACAAAGUUCCAUCGCUUAUCCCUCAAAAAUCUCCAAGACGCUUUACACCCAUCAAUCAAAAAAGGCCCCAAGUUCAAAACCCUUCUCCUCUCACGACUCGACUCCCUAGCCCUACAAAUCGCAACAGAAACCCACGAGGCAGCCCCAGAACUUGAAGCAGAAAUGGACGAACGCCACGAAUUCUUCAACACAACUCUCAAAAAAUCCUUCCUGGCCCCAAUCGCCGCAGAUCUCCGCGAGCUCAAACUCUUCACGACCGUAGGCCUCAACACACACGUCUACUGGGGCGAAUAUCCACAAUGCGAUCUCCGAAACCUCCACUCUCCAAAACUCGAGGUGUUAGCACUAGGAAACUUCGCCUUCGCAUAUGAAUGGCAAUUGGACUGGAUUCUUUCACAUGCCGAGACAUUACACACGCUUGUGCUAGAUGAUUGUCCCAUCGUAAUUGCA